CACUCUUGUAGAGAAGCUCUUGCUUAUACCAUCACCAUGUUUUCGUCUUCCUCCCAGCACCGGUCCGCAUUUGACGUUCUUAUGUCGAAUGCUUCCGCCAAGAAGAAGAGGAAAUUAGAGGAAAUCGAAGAUACGCCGUCUAGGGUUCGUAUUUCUGAUUCCGCAAAACCCAAAUCAGAUAGGGUUACCGAACUGAAGAGCAAAAUUGGAUUGCUGAAGAAGAAGCCAGGUGAUUUCGACCCGAGCAAAGUGUCUUGUUGGGACAAAGGGGAGAGAGUUCCAUUUAUGUUUCUCUCAUUGGUUUUUGAUCUGAUUGCAGUUGAAAAUGGCCGGAUUGUCAUCACUGAUAUUCUUUGUAACAUGUUGAGAACCGUCAUCGCCACUACUCCCCAAGAUUUGCUUCCUACGGUUUAUCUUGCGGCUAAUGAGAUUGCACCUGCUCAUGAAGGUGUCAAAUUGGGAAUUGGUAAGGGUUCCUCCAUUAUUAAGGCAAUCUCUGAAGCUUUUGGUAGAACUAAGGCUCAGGUUAAGCAACAAUAUACGCAACUGGGAGACUUAGGGCUUGUAGCAAAAGGAAGCCGUUCGUCUCAGACUAUGAUUCUCAUGCCCAAACCAUUAACUGUUGUCAAGGUUGUUGAUACGCUUCGCCAAAUUGCUAAGGAAUCUGGAAAAGGUAGUAAGGAUAAGAAGAAGGAUCUAAUGAAGACACUUCUUGUUGCAACUACAGAUUGCGAACCUCUUUACUUAACUCGUUUACUACAAGAUAAUUUGCGGUUAGGGUUCUCACGUCAAACUGUUUUAGCGGCCUUGGGACAAGCCGCUGUAUAUAACGAAGAGCAUUCAAAGCCACCUCCAAAUAUCAAGAAUCCUUUAGAUGAGGCUGCAACGAUUGUUAAAGAAGUAUUCUCUGUGCUUCCUGUCUACGACAUUAUUGUUGGUGCUCUUCUAACUAGUGGUGUGUGGAAUCUUCCUAAAACUUGUAACCUUACACCGGGUGUUCCAGUUAGGGCCAUGCUUGCAAAAGCAACUACAAGUGUGGAUCUCAUACUUGAGAAAUUCGGGGACACCGUUUUCACAGCUGAAUACAAAUAUGAUGGUGAACGAGCACAGAUACAUUAUAUGGAGGAUGGUACAAUCGAGAUAUUCAGUAGACAUGCUGAAAGAAACACUGGCAAGUACCCUGAUGUUGUUCUUGCGUUAUCAAGGUUUAAGAAGCUCUCUGUGAAAUCUUUUAUCCUGGAUUGCGAGGUUGUUGCCUUCAACAGGGAGGAAAAGAAAAUACUUCCGCUCCAGAAGCUAUACGAUUCUUUCGAGGAAGAUCCUGGGUAUUUCCAGUUUGCAACUGCUCUAACAUCCAACGAUAUUGGUGAAUUACAAGAGUUUCUUAAAGCUUCUAUUGACAUUGGCAUUGGAGAUUCUGUGGAUCUUGUACCAAUUGCGGCUUUCCAUGGACGAGGGAAACGCACAGGUUUCUUUGGUGCAUUUUUACUAGCGUGCUACGAUGUCGAUAAGGAAGAAUUCCAGAGCAUUUGUAAAAUUGGUACUGGAUUUUCUGAUGCAGAGCUUCAUGAGCUGUCGUCGAGUCUUUGCUCUAAAGUGAUUGAUAUACCAAAACAAUACUACCAAGUCGAUGACGGUCUCAAUCCAGAUGUCUGGUUGGAGCCCACCGAGGUGUGGGAAGUGAAAGCAGCUGACUUGACAAUUAGCCAUGUACAUCGUGCAGCUAUCGGAAUUGUGGACCCUGAUAAGGGAAUUUCUCUACGUUUUCCUCGUCUAGUCCGUGUACGGAAAGACAAGAAUCCAGAGGAAGCAACAUCAUCAGACCAGAUUGCUGAAAUGUAUCAAGCUCAGAAACACAAUCAACCAAGCAAUCAAGGCAAAGGUGACGACGAUUGAACAACAACUGUAAUUUGUCGUCAGAGCAUCUUUCCUUGUAUGUUCUAGGUUGUUCCUGGAUAUCGAAUGAUGCACAUUUAUGUGUUUUAUAAAACUGUUUUUAGAUU